GACCACAUUGCAUCAUCAUCACCAUCAUAGAUCUUUAUAUACUAUUAUUACACAGCUUCCCUUUCCUCUCCUUGUCCUUCCUCUCUCUCUCAAAGCUCAACCCAUUCAACCCAGACGCUGCACUUCCAUCUUGCUAUUUGCAUUCGAACAGGUAAGUGAAGAUGGCAGAUACAGAGGAUAUUCAGCCACUUGUUUGCGAUAAUGGAACUGGAAUGGUCAAGGCUGGGUUUGCUGGAGAUGAUGCUCCACGAGCUGUGUUUCCCAGCAUCGUGGGUCGUCCUCGUCACACUGGUGUGAUGGUUGGAAUGGGCCAGAAAGACGCUUAUGUGGGUGAUGAGGCCCAAUCCAAGCGUGGUAUCUUAACUCUAAAAUACCCAAUUGAGCAUGGUAUUGUGAGCAACUGGGAUGACAUGGAAAAGAUCUGGCAUCACACUUUUUACAACGAGCUUCGUGUUGCCCCUGAGGAACACCCAGUUCUUCUAACCGAAGCUCCACUUAAUCCUAAGGCCAAUCGAGAGAAAAUGACUCAGAUCAUGUUUGAGACCUUUAACACUCCUGCUAUGUAUGUGGCCAUUCAAGCCGUUCUUUCUCUGUAUGCCAGUGGUCGUACUACCGGUAUUGUGUUGGACUCUGGUGAUGGUGUCAGCCAUACUGUCCCUAUAUACGAGGGAUAUGCCCUCCCUCAUGCCAUUCUCCGCCUUGACCUUGCUGGUCGUGAUCUUACUGAUCACUUAAUGAAGAUUCUUACUGAGCGUGGGUACUCCUUCACCACCACUGCCGAACGGGAAAUUGUGAGGGACAUGAAGGAGAAGCUUGCUUACAUUGCUCUUGACUUUGAGCAGGAGAUGGAGACGGACAAGACUAGUUCUGCUGUUGAGAAGAGUUAUGAAUUGCCAGAUGGGCAAGUCAUCACCAUUGGCGCUGAGCGAUUCCGAUGCCCCGAAGUUCUUUUCCAACCCUCAUUGAUAGGAAUGGAAGCAGCAGGCAUUCACGAAACUACUUACAACUCAAUCAUGAAGUGUGAUGUCGAUAUCAGAAAGGAUCUUUACGGUAACAUUGUCCUGUCUGGUGGUUCGACCAUGUUCCCAGGCAUUGCUGAUAGAAUGAGCAAGGAAAUCUCUGCUCUUGCACCAAGCUCGAUGAAGAUCAAGGUUGUCGCACCACCCGAGAGGAAAUACAGUGUCUGGAUUGGAGGCUCCAUUUUGGCCUCUCUCAGCACCUUCCAGCAGAUGUGGAUUGCAAAAGCAGAGUACGAUGAGUCUGGGCCAUCAAUUGUUCAUAGGAAAUGCUUCUAAGCAUGUGGGAAUUAGAACUAUUGAAGAGAGAGAAGAGAGUACUGUUUGUUUUUAUUUUCUUGGAGAAAAGUGUUGUUUGCAGAAGGCUCAUUCUAGCUCUUUACUUUUUUUUUAUUCUCAUGUUGAAGUGACUUCAGAAGGCCAGGAGUUAAUUUAUCCAAUUUCUUUCUUAAA